CUUAAACCCAGCCCAAUGCCUCUUCCUGCGCCACUUUUCCCUGCGCGCUUGGAUGGAAGAGGCACAGUCGAGAGCCGCAGCUCGGCACUGGAGGACGGCGGCAGCAGCGGCGGCGCGGCACCGGGAGCCCUGCGGAAGCGGCACCUGUUCCCAGGCGAGGCAGCCGAGAGAUAGCAGCCGUGGGACGCGGCUACACUCCGCGUUGUUCGGCGCGGAUCGCCAGCCCGGCUGAGCCCAGAGAGGCACCCGCGGUGCCUCCUCCGGAGAAUUCGGGAUAAUAGGAUCUGGACGGCAAAAGUUUUCUUUUAUUUGGAUUUUUUUAUUAUAUAAAAAAAAUCUCUCCCCCCCCCCUUCCGGGCGGUGGAGAGGGGGAUUCGUCUCAGCCAGCCAACGUGAGGUUUCCCACCCACCCUGCUCUUCUUUUUCUUCUUCUCCCGUUUUUCUCCUUGCAGGAUUCCAUGCUGAUGUAUGCAGCCAGUUAUAGAAUAAAAACAGCGCAUGCCUUCCUGGAGUCAGAAUCCAUAAAAAAUCCUGGCGUCGCCUGUGCAUCUUAAAUAUAUCUGCCUAUAUAACAAUAAUCGGUGCGUGCAGCUCCCAUUAGAAAAAAGCCUCAGGCGCCGAAGUUGCUAUGGUCGUACUGCUCCUAAGCCCCAUGGAGAAACUACGGAUUUUUAGCCUCAUUACGGUCGGAUGGGCAGAAGACCCCACAGCUUGCUAAGAGCUGGAGGAAUAUAGAUGAUCCCUCGCCCUGGACCCCUCCAGACCCGUCUGAUGUGUUUAUAAAUAUGUCCGUGUGCGGCGCUUUCUUAAGACUAACAGCGGCUUGACCUUGAACCUGGGACAAGUCGAAGCAGCAGAUCACUUUCAAAAAAUAUAUAUCCUACUUAUUAUUAUUGAUGGAUUAAAGCAAAGGACAUUCUUUCUUCCCCUCCAUGUAACUACAAGUGGGAGGGGAGAGUGGAGUGGAAACACGUCCUCCCCCCCGACCCACCCAAAAAAAAGGGGGGGAAGAAAAAGAUCUCUACCUUGGGUUUUUGGGCACCAGCGUUACAGUUUUGCUUCAAAAACGAGCUCGCCUUCCUCCCCCCUUCCUCCUCCCUCCCCCUCGCUCCUGAUGGCUCCCUUAGGUGAAGUUGGGAACUAUUUCGGCGUCCAGGAUGCGGUACCCUUUGGGAACGUCCCCGUCUUGCCGGCUGAUAGCCCCGUGUUGUUAAGCGACCACCUGGGCCAGGCGGAAGCGGGUGGGCUACCCCGGGGCCCUGCGGUGACGGACCUGGAUCACUUAAAAGGGAUCCUGAGGCGGAGGCAGCUCUACUGCAGGACUGGAUUUCAUUUAGAGAUUUUCCCCAAUGGUACGAUCCAAGGAACCAGGCAAGACCACAGCAGAUUUGGUAUCCUGGAAUUUAUCAGUAUAGCAGUGGGCCUGGUCAGCAUUCGAGGGGUCGACAGUGGACUUUAUCUGGGAAUGAAUGAGAAAGGAGAACUAUAUGGCUCGGAAAAGCUAACCCAGGAGUGUGUAUUCAGAGAACAAUUUGAAGAGAACUGGUAUAACACAUACUCAUCGAAUCUAUAUAAGCAUGUGGACACUGGAAGACGAUAUUACGUUGCGUUAAAUAAAGACGGGUCUCCAAGAGAAGCGACUAGGACUAAGCGGCAUCAAAAAUUCACACAUUUUUUACCUAGACCGGUGGAUCCAGAGAAAGUCCCUGAACUAUAUAAGGAUAUUUUAAGCCAAAGUUGACAAAGACGUUUACUUCACUUGUGAGCCCUUAAAACGAAAGUAACCACUAUAAAAGGUUUCAUGCGGUGGGUUCUUAAUUGAUUAGCUGUGUCAUUGCAUCAGCUCCACUGUUGCCAAACUUUGUCGCAUGCAUAAUGUAUGAUGGAGGCUUGGAUGGAACAUGCUGAUUUUGUUCUGCACUUAAAAGGGUUUUGUCUUCCUGGAGGAGUGCCUAUUGCCCACUCGCUUGGUUUAUUACGAGAGGAAGGAAGGAAGAGUGAGAAUGUGUGAGAGCGGGGGAAAAAGAACGGAAAGAGGAUGAAAGAGAGAAGCUGGAGCAAGAAGGAAGGGGGAGGGGGAAAGGCCUGAUGCAUGCUGGGAAAUAGACACGCUUUUAAAUUUUUUGAUCCAUUGUACUUCAUCCUAUAUCAGCAUAGCUGCCAUACUUUGACUCAUCAGGAAUUUUGGCUGGUGGCCUGCUCAAGUGUACGCUGCAUUUAUAAAAAUAGAAAACGGAAAAAAAGAAGGCAUGGAGGGUUCGGUCUUACUUAAACAAACAAACAAACAAACAAACAAA